AUUAAGAGCGAAACAGAAGAGUAUAAUAACGGGUCGAGUGAUGAAGAAAUGGACGACAAGUUAGACACCGAUUACACCGAAAAUGACUGUCGGUUUGUGUAUGAUUUCACGGGAUGUGGAAAGAAGUAUAAAUCAGGAAAAUCCUUGAAGAACCACAAACCCAUUCAUUUAGGUCUGACCUUCCCGUGCAAUGUCGACGACUGUCGCCAAGUGUUUCCCAUUAAAAGUUAUUUAAGGUCACACAAGAAGAACAUGCAUACGUCUAAGACAUCACUGCCUGGAAGUGAUUGUAAUCAAAACACAACUCAUUUAAUGGUAAAAACAGAGAUUAAAAGCGAAAUAAAGUCGAAUCCAAUUGAGACCUAUAUGUGUGAUGUCGACGACUGUAACGCUAUGUUCACCACUCAGUUGUACUUAAAUAAACACAUGAGUGUCGGACACGGAUCUAACCAUUUGUCCAAUCAGUUAGGCUCUGAGUCAAGUCCUACAGAUCAAAGCCAAGUCAAUGUUUCAAUCAAUGUCUGCGAUAAGAGUAUUACCGGUAAAGAAGAAAAUGGUGUGAAUGAAAACCAGUUUUUAGGAGAUCCGGAAGAAUCAGUGGACAUACUAUGGAUUAUGUGUCCCAACACUGACUAAACAGAAGAGUAUAAUAACGGGUCGAGUGAUGAAGAAAUGGACGACAAGUCAGACACCGAUUGCACCCAAAGACAGACUAAACGCACAAAAUAUGGUAAGAAAACUGGCCGUCCGUUUGCCUGUGAUUUCACGGGUUGUGGAAAGAGAUAUAAGGAGGAGAGAUAUUUAAGAUACCACAAAGACAUUCAUUCGGAUCAGACCUAUGAGUGCGAUGUCGAGGAAUGUUGCAAAGUGUUUGCCACUCAACGCUAUUUAAAUAGACACAAAAUGAUACACAUGUCUAAGACAUCACUGGCGAGAAGUGAUUGCAAUGAAAACACAACUUAUUUGAUAACAAAACCACACAUUAAGAGCGAAACACAAGAGUGUAAUAACGGGUCGAGUGAUAAAGAAAUGGACAGCAAUUCAGACACCGAUUACACCCAAAGACAGACUAAGAAGAAGAAAAGUAAUGUCAAAACUAAGGGUCGGUUUGUCUGUGAUUUCAUUGAAUGUGGAAAGAAAUUUAAGACAAGAGAUAACUUGAAUGAACACAAACCCUUACAUUUAGGUCUGACCUUCCGGUGCGAUGUCGACGACUGUCGACAAGUGUUUGCCAUUAGUAAGUAUUUAAGGCGACACAAGAAGAAUAAACACAUGUCUAAGACAUCACUGCCUGGAAGUGAUUGCAAUCAAAACACAACUCAUUUAAUGGUAAAAACAGAGAUUAAAAGCGAAAUAAAGUCGAAUCCAAUUGAGACCAAUGGGUGUGAUGUCGACGACUCUAACGCUAUGUUCACCACUCAGUUGUACUUAAAUAAACACAUGAGUGUCGGACACGGAUUUAAGUAUCACUUGAGAUCUAAUUACAAGACUGAAUCCCAAACAAGUCUAACAGAGCAUCGGAUCAGUCCAUCAAAUGAAAGUCAAUUUAAUUCUUCAAUCAAUGUCUGCGAUAAUAAUAUUAAAGAAGACAAUGGUUUGAAUGAAAGCGAUGCGAUAGCAGAUCCGGAAGAAUCAGUGGACAUACUAUGGAUUAUGUGUCCCAACACUGACUCAAUCAAUGCAACGGCCGCUCAGACCGAACAGACAGCACAUAUCGGUGCCAAUGGCCCGGUUGUGGACAGACAUCACUGA